AUGAAUGAUAAUACGGAGGAUAUUACUAGGUUUAUGUCUUUUACUAACGUUUCUUUUAACGUUGCUAAGAACUAUUUGGAUAAUUAUGGUGAUUUAAAUACUGCAAUGGAAGCAUAUUAUGAGGACCAAAAGGAUUUACUCGAAGAAAGAAAGGAAAAGGAAAAAUAUUAUAAUAAUUUAGAAAGACAAACUUUUAACAAAGAAAAACAAACAUCAUCAAUAUCUCCAGCUUUAUCUUCAACAAAUAAUACUCGCCCAAUUUCAAGAAAUACUAAUAAGAGUUCUAAUUCUAAUUCAAAAUUUAUGUCUUUUUCAGAUAUGCUCAGAUCCAACACUGCAGAUAAUGAUGACGACAAUGAUACAAAACCACGUAAUACAUUUGCAGGUGGUGAAACUUCUGGAUUAGAGAUUACUGACCCUAAUAAUGAUAGGAAGAAUACAAAUUCUCUAAUAAGAGAUCUUUUAGAAAGGGCUCAAAAGAAUGGUGAACAAAUGGAAGACUCUAAUUUCCCAAAUAUUGAAGGCAAUACGGAUUCAAAGCCAUCAUUUAUUGGAAAGGGGUACCGUCUUGGAUCCCUGGUUGAUAAACCCAGUGAAAUUGUAGAGGAGUUUUCUAGUUUAAAGGAUAAUAAUAAUAGUAAUACGGGCAUGCAAAAAGUAACAAGGGAAAUAACUUUUUGGAAAGAUGGUUUCCAAGUUGGUUCCGAUGGGAAACUAUACAGGUAUGAUGAUCCAGCUAAUGAGUUUUUCUUAAAUGAACUGAAUCAAGGUAGAGCACCUUUAAAAUUAUUGGAUGUUAAGUUUGGUCAAGAAGUGGAAGUCAACGUUUUUAAAAAAUUAGAUGAAAAUUAUAAACCUCCAAAGAGAAAAUUAGGUGGAUUCUACGGGAAAGGUCAAAGAUUGGGAUCACCCAUCCCUGGCGAACCUACACCAACAUUAAAUAUCGAUGAUACAAAUACUAAUACUAAUACUGAUACUGAUACCAAUAAUAAUAAUAAUAAAAAUGAGAACUAUACUAAAAACUCAAAAGAAAAUAGUACUCAACAAACUCAAACAGAUACAACUAUACAGAUUAGAUAUGCCACAGGGAAAAGAGAGGUUUUUCAUUGUAAUUCCACAGACAAAGUAAGAUCAUUAUAUGAACAUGUUAGAACAAAUACAGAUGAUCCAAAUAGAACAUUUACAUUAAAUUAUGUGUUCCCAAUAAAACCAAUUGAAAAUAUGGAUCAGACUUUAUCGGAAGCCAAUUUGAAUAAUUCUGUAGUUGUACAAAGAUGGAUAUAA